UCCAGGCAGGCAUGUGACUCGGACAUUCAGCGUCCUUUCUUCAAUUGUCUCGAGGACUUUAUUUAGGGCGGUUAAGCCCCGCACCGCAGCGGCUCGUUCCCUCGUCAUCAAGUGCUCGGAACAACAUCACCAUGUCUGACAUCCUCGCUUCCCAGUCUCUCAUCAACGGAAGCUGCCUCUGCGGUGCAGUCAAAUACACCGUUGCGGGAGGUUACGCCCUCACGGUACUAUGCCACUGCAACAGCUGCCGGAAGUUCACUGGUUCCUCAUUUGGCGCCAACAGCUUGGUCGAUAGAGCGAACCUUACCGUGCACGACCUCGAGUCCAAGAUCUCGGUGUACGCGGCCCCAACCGCCGAGUCCGGUACCUCGCUGGCCCGUUCCUUCUGCAGUGCCUGCGGAUCUUCACUCUUCGUGGCCAACGAUGCCUUUCCAAACCAAGUCGCCGUUACGUCGGGUUCCAUGGAUAACGUGCAGGGCGGCCAUGAUGCCGACAACGAUAAGAUGUGGAGGCCGAAGCUGGAGUUUUUCUGUAAGAGAAAGGCAACAUGGUUAACAACCGAAGGUACUGUUGAGAGAGACAGUAUGUGAUUCUGCAAUCAUAUCACUUGGAUGGUUAGCAAAGUGCUGUAGGAAAUCAGAUGAUUCUUGUUG